GUCAAAGUCAAGAUCAAGCUCCGUUGCCACCCGGUCUCCGAUUGGCCGUGCAAUCUUUCCUAGUAGCCGACCUCGGUGCUUGCCUCAUCCCAUCUCGAGCCUCAAGUUCACUUUGCCUUCGUUCCACAGACCCUCGUUCACUCGCAGAGAUAUAUUACCUGUCCAUCUGGUGCACGAAACAAGUCACAGCACAUCACGUCACGUCAAUUUCCCGCACGAGACUGAUACCCAUCAUCACCAUCACGAUGCUCCGCAACAUUUCUCAAUUGCCGCGCCAACUCUCGCGCCGCGCCGCCGCAUUCAGCACAUCAGCUGCCCAUCAAUCCUCUCCCUUCGGAGGCCCCAGCCCGCCGCGCCUACCCAAGGAGGAGCAAGAGCUAUUCGAGAAGCUUCAGAAGGAAUCGACCGGCGCAUUCAGCCAGCCAAAGCCCGAUCCCGAGCCCACUAGCCAGUCGAGCAUUCGUAUGCAGAUCAACCAGUCACCGGACUCCUCGUCAGCACCAGAAAUCAGAUUCGAGAAUGGCAAGGAGAUCCAGAAGGGCGAAGAGUUCCAUCCCAAUAUGCGCAGAGGCGCGCCGCCAGAGUUUGAGGGCGACGUGAACCCGAAAACGGGUGAGGUUGGUGGGCCGAAGAAUGAGCCGCUGCGCUGGGGCAGUGGUGAGGGGAGAGGAGAUUGGAGCUAUAAUGGGAGGGUUACCGAUUUCUAGGCUUUGUGACAGAGUUGAUCAAGCAUGAGGAGAGGUGGGAAACACGUGACGGAUUGGGUGAUUACAAUAGACGUGAUGAUGAUUAAUAUCAGUGUAUCAAAAACAAGAACGUAAGCAAUUCACAAACGAGAGCAAACACAAACCCUGGCACAUGUCCUACG